AGGAAGGAGUCCAGUGGGUGUCUUCGGAAUUGGGAUUUUGGAGCGGACGCUCAUGCGCUUCAAAAUGCCGAUGUGUUCCAUUCGCUCCGGUCAGGUCUCGAAAAGACUGUCAAAGCCUACGUUAACAACGUAGCUCAAGAUCAAGCACAACCCAAAAUCCUUGAACUCACACACAAGCUGUCACUUACCAUCGAGAACUGUUUGACGCUACUAUUGACCCUGUGUGAGAGCACUGACAACGCAAUGGGCAAAUUCCAAGAACACUCCUACCUGGAAGUGCUACUGUAUAUGCUUACCUCUCCCCAGGCGCCCGGCGCUUCGGUGAAUGUCGCCCCGCAACACACCAUGCUGGCUACACACAUGCGACUGUUAGUGUGUCAAUGUCUGUACACGAUCAGCGAAGACAACGAGCCGCUUGCCGCCACACUCCUAGGCUUGCCCACGGCAAUGGCCAUACUGACACAGACUGCACAGCCCAUAGCCUUCCAGAACACAGCCAACUACACCAAGCCAGAGAUGCAGGUAUGCCUGCUCAGUGUAGUGUGCACGGGCAUCCUGUACAAUCUCAGCAGCACUAAAGCCGCCGCACAAGCCAGCACGAGCAUCACACCGAAUCUCAUGGCUCCUCUGCGAGUCGUACUCGGUGUGGAUAUGCUGGGGGCCCUGCCGGCCCUACUGCCGCUGAUUGCACAGGCCAGCCAGAUCGACAGCGAUAAGAACGCGCUCGCACAGUUUGCGCAGUCUAUGGGUGGGAAGGAGACGGCGGAGGAGAAGUCGAAGCGUUUGGCUGAGACUACUGUACUGGACGCGGUCGAGACAGCACGCAUCGCGGUCAAAGCCCAGCAGCUUGCGCUUGAGAUAUACUCCAACGUCUUAUCCGACGAGUACGACAACGAAGACGAUGGCAGCGACGCCGAGAUGGAGGAGUGGGACGACAUUGACGAACAAUCCGACAAUAUACAGGCAGACACGGCCAUGACCAGCUCUGUUGCCCACUCCGCUGACCGUCGCGGCAGCACAUGCGAUGCAGAUAUCCAGGCGCUGCUUCUGGCCCGUUGCGUGCCUUGUCCAGCACACAUCCGGCAGGUGCUGACGUCGACGAGCGUUGGACGGGAUUUCCACGAAAACCUGGGGAUCACACAGUGCCGCGCCGUUGGGGCGCUCAACAACCUGUGCCUGGCUGACAAACCGUCUACCAAGCCCCGGUAUACGACCCACCCCAAUGACUUGUGGAAGAAGCUCACGCUCGUGCUGUUCAUGAGCAACGGCGACACUGACCUCAUUGCCGCGACGACGGGAGCGAUGUGGACGCUACUGCGAUCGGUGGAAACACCAAGUGAACUUAUAUCUGUUCGUGAUCUGCCAGUAGCAAGCUGUGAGAAGAUAUGCAACCACGUGUUGAGCUCGGACGAAGGCACACGCACCACCAUUGCUGGGUUGGUGGGGUGUCUGGGCCAAAUGAUAGCCCCCGAGCACCGUGAUUCACAUACUAUGAUCUUGAAAGUCCUGCUUCACUUGCUCGAGGACAUCUGUGCUGAUGUUACCGCCGAAACCCUCAACUCGUUGUACGAUGCCUACGCGGAGCCCGAAUUCAAUAACGAGAUGGUGGCGCUGGGGUACAUGCAGAAGCUGCAAACGAUCGGCACAACUAUAAAGCGCAAGGUGAGUAUGCAUAUGAUUG